GGAGUCGAUGGCUAUAUGGGCUAGAUCCUUUUGCUUUUCCAUAUGGAUUAACUAAACAAAAAAAACAUUCCAUCAAACAUCAACUUCAUUCAAUAUCCUCUUCCCAAGCUAGAGAGUGAGGAUUCCUUCUUCUUCACUGUUUGUUUUGUGUUUGUUUUUGCAAAUAUAUUUUGUAAAACUAUACAAAAACUUGGUUUCAAACAGUCACAAUGAGUAAAUCAAGCAAAAGAAGAUAUUCUACUGAUUCAAGUAGUGAAGAAGAAAGUCGUAUAAAGGAUAUUAAAGAACGAGAUGAAUUCGCUAAAAGAUUAAAGAAACGUGACGAAGAAAAAGUGAAAAAGAUAACCGAAUCUUCGAGUAAAAGAUCAUAUGAAGAAGCAGCUAAACGACUCAAACUUGAAGCAGAGGAUAGAGAUAAAAUUUUACCAAAGCUACGCGUUCAAUCACGCCGUAAAUACUUGGAGAAGAGGAAAGAUGACAAAGUUGUAGAACUCGAAGCAGAUAUUGCUGAUGAUGAGUAUUUGUUUGACGAAAGCAUCUUAACAGAAAGAGAAAAGAGAGAAAGGGAACAUAAGAAGACAAUAUUACAAUUAGCAAAAGAACAUGAAAAAGCAAGGGAAUUGGAAAAUGUUCAAAGAUACCAUAUGCCUAGGGACUUGGGUAAAGGAGAAAAAGGUGAAUAUGUUGAAGUUGAUGAAAAUGAAAAAUUACCACAUUCAGAGCAAAGAAAAUGGGAGCAAGAACAAAUAAAAUCUGCAUUUUACAAGUUUGGAGCUAAAGAUGCAAAAUCUCAAGACGAAUAUGAGCUUCUCUUGGAUGAGCAAAUUGAUUUCAUACAAGCUCUGCAACUUGAAGGCAAUAAAGAAAAGAAGGAAGAAAAAGAAAAAUCUGAAUAUCAGAAAAUACGUAUGACCAUUGAGGAGACAAAGAAAUCACUCCCUGUUUAUCCAUUCAAACAAUCUUUAAUAGAAGCCAUUAGGACCUACCAAAUAUUAAUAGUGGAAGGUGAAACUGGUUCUGGAAAAACAACUCAAAUUCCUCAAUAUCUUCAUGAAGCUGGUUUUACUAAUGAAGGAAAAAAAAUUGGCUGUACUCAGCCAAGAAGAGUAGCAGCUAUGUCAGUAGCAGCAAGAGUUGCUCAAGAAAUGAAUGUCAAACUUGGCAAUGAGGUUGGAUAUAGUAUCCGUUUUGAAGAUUGCACUUCUGACAGAACUGUGAUUAAAUACAUGACUGAUGGUACAUUGCACAGAGAAUUCUUGUCAGAACCAGAUCUUGCAUCAUACAGUGUCAUGAUUAUAGACGAAGCUCAUGAACGGACUCUGCACACUGACAUUUUAUUCGGCCUUGUAAAAGAUAUUACUAGAUUUAGACCAGAGUUAAAGUUGCUGAUAUCUAGUGCAACAUUAGAUGCUGAAAAAUUCUCAAAAUUUUUUGAUGAUGCACCAAUUUUUAGAAUUCCUGGGAGAAGAUUUCCUGUUGAUAUAUAUUAUACUAAAGCUCCAGAAGCUGAUUAUGUAGAUGCUUGUGUAGUGUCAGUCUUACAAAUACAUGCAACUCAACCACUAGGGGAUAUUUUAGUUUUUUUGACUGGACAAGAAGAGAUUGAAACAUGUGUAGAAAUGUUACAAGAAAGGACAAAGAAAAUUGGGAAAAAAUUGAAAGAACUAUUAAUACUGCCUGUAUAUGCAAACCUUCCAAGUGACAUGCAAGCUAAAAUUUUCGAACCCACACCUGAAGGCGCCCGAAAAGUUGUACUAGCCACAAAUAUAGCUGAGACAUCCUUGACAAUUGAUAAUAUUAUCUAUGUUAUUGACCCUGGAUUUGCUAAACAAAAUAAUUUCAAUUCAAAAACAGGCAUGGAAAGCUUAAUGGUGGUACCAAUUUCAAAAGCUUCAGCAAAUCAAAGAGCAGGCAGGGCUGGGAGAGUAGCACCUGGAAAGUGUUUUAGAUUGUACACUGCAUGGGCUUAUAAAUAUGAAUUGGAAGAUAACACCAUACCUGAAAUUCAGAGAAUCAAUUUAGGGAAUGCAGUACUUACCUUGAAAGCUUUGGGAAUAAAUGAUCUCAUACAUUUUGAUUUUCUAGAUCCUCCACCUCAUGAGACACUGGUUCUUGCUCUGGAACAACUUUAUGCACUUGGUGCUCUCAAUCACCAUGGUGAAUUAACUAAAGCAGGACGAAGAAUGGCUGAAUUUCCUACUGACCCAAUGCUUGCAAAAAUGUUGCUAGCAAGUGAAAAGUACAAAUGUUCAGAGGAAAUUGUAUCCAUUGCUGCAAUGUUAUCAGUUAAUAGUUCAGUAUUCUAUAGACCAAAAGAUAAAAUAAUACAUGCAGACACUGCUAGAAAAAACUUUUUCCAUCAUAAUGGUGAUCACUUGACACUGAUGAAUGUCUACAAUCAAUGGGUAGAUUCAGACUAUUCUGUUCAGUGGUGUUAUGAGAAUUUUAUACAAUAUAGAUCUAUGAAACGUGCUCGUGAUGUGCGAGAACAAUUAGUUGGCCUCAUGGAAAGAGUAGAAAUUGAAAUGGUAUCAAGUAUAUCAGAAGAUGCUAAUAUACGAAAAGCUAUAACUGCUGGGUACUUCUAUCACAUUGCCAAGUUUUCAAAAGGUGGACAUUAUAAAACUGUAAAGAAUAAUCAAACUGUCAUGAUACAUCCUAACAGUGCUUUAUUUGAAGAGUUACCUCGGUGGGUAAUUUAUCAUGAACUGGUAUUUACAUCUAAAGAGUUUAUGAGACAAGUUACAGAGAUUGAAAGCAAAUGGCUGUUAGAAGUGGCUCCUCAUUAUUACAAAUCAAAAGAACUAGAAGACUCAACAAAUAAGAAAAUGCCUAAAACUAUUGGAAAAUCUGCUAAUACUUAGAAAAUAAACUUUAGAGUAUUAUUAAUUUUGUGUAAAUAAAAUAUUAAUAUUUA